AUGAUAAUAGAACUAAUAACCAUAUGUACAAUAGCAGUUUUGGGGUUUAACAGAAUUGACAUUUCUAAAGAAUCUGUAAUUAAUUCCUACCAAACUCAUACAGGCUACCUGGGUGAAAUUGAACUCAAGAUAAUUAAACUUCCUCAUAGGCUUACCGUUCAAAGACUGGACGACGAUGGAAAAAGUGUUUGGAAAGGAACGCCCACUGAAGCUUUGAGGGAGUUGAAUAUGUAUUUUAUUCAAGGCAAAAUCUUCGGACUUUACCUCUACUCAAUUGACUUCUUUUCCGCACCAAACCAAACGUAUUUCCUCUAUAAAAAAGGAAAAUGGAAAAGAGUCGACAAGGAAAACUUUGAUUAUGUUCUUUUUGACAAAUCACUACUGAGAAAAAUAGGAACCCAAGACAAUUUUAUCAACCCAAAUUUGUACUUGAUAUAUCUUCUCAUUAUCAUACUUCAACUUAUAAUCUAUUGA